UAUACCUCUCCAUAUCUAUUCAUUCAUUUUCACUUCUCACUUCUCAAUUCUCACUCAUCACAUAGAGGGAAACAAACACAAACCAGCAACCUCAGACAGGGAGAGAGAGAGAGAGAGAGAGAGCAGUUCUUUGAUGGGCAAUCACAAGUUUAGACUAUCAUAUAUGUUGCCCAAUGCUUGGUUUAACAAGCUGAGAAACAUGAGCAGAACCAGAAACCAUAGUACCUCUCAUUCUAUCAAGAAAAAGCUUCCAUCACCAAAUAUCACAACAACAUCAAAGAAGCCACACCUUUCUCCAACACCCAAAUUCUACAACUCACCGACAAACCCAAAAGUCUCAGACACCCAUUUUCCUAAUUCACCAAGAAAAUCAUCACCCAAGAGAAAAACCCUUUACAAGCCAUCUCAGAGACUUGCCACCUCCUCUGUUUCAGCCCAUUGCAGCCGUCGAACCACAAGUUCCACUGAUCAAUUUGGGUCCAACAACGUUGAUGCUGCUGCUUCAGAGUCAUCAUUCAAUGGAGGACUACUAGCAUCCUGGUCUAGCUCUCGCAGUUGCAGAUUCACUUCUUCAACUACUGAUGAUAUCAUUAUUGACAUCAAUGAUCAGAAUGCGAAAUUUGACAAGCUUGAUGGGUUGGACAUAAUUUCAGAGCUAGAGCUUCCUCCAAUUUUGACAAAGCCUGUAAAAUUCGUAGACACAACAACAAACUCUAAAAAAACUCGAAAACAGAGUAAAACUAGUCCUGUUAUCAUCCGAAAUUCUGCAGCAAAGCUCAGAGCCAAUUCUCCGAGAAAAGCUCAAAAGAAAUUGCUAGUUCAAGCGUGUGAUCGAAGAAGAAAGAGGAGCUUUGCAUUAAUUGUGAAGUCCUCGUUAGAUCCACAGAGAGAAUUCAAGGAAUCAAUGGUGGAAAUGAUUGUGGAGAAUAACAUCAGGGGGUCCAAGGAUUUGGAAGAGCUUCUUGCUUGUUACCUCUCAUUGAAUUCAAUUGAGUACCAAGACCUCAUUGUCAAGGCAUUUGUGCAAAUCUGGUUUGAUAUGGCUCACCUCAGGAUUUAAAAAUUCUGUGUUUUCAUUUAACUACGAUAAUGUUAUUUAUCACCGUAUUUAUUUCUCGUCUUACGUGUAU